CUUCAUCACUCACUAUGUCUUCAAUUCCUAUGAUUUUUCUUAGGAUCGAUUUGUUGGUCGCUUUUUCUCUCUAGAUUCUGACAUAUUUUAAAGCUCUAAUAUUGCAGGUAGGAUCUUUUAUCAAGCGAAGGCAACUUCUCUUGGAGCAGAAAAGCAAAAGAAAAAUGAGACUCAGCCAAACCCAAUACUCCUUUUGAUUGACAAUAAUCUUUUUUUUUUUUUAAUUUAUGUGUCUUUUAUUUAUUGGAUGGACUUGGUUUAGUGUGCUGGUUUGAUUUGAUAAUUUUUUUUUUGUUGUAAUUAAGUUGUCAAGCAUGUUGUGUUAUGGGAUUUCUACUCUGUUUGAUUGAUAAAAUGUGACUCUUUAUCAAUUUGAAAUGUAAUUUUUGUAAUACCUUUCGUGUUUGAUAUAUUGUUAUAAUUGUAAAUUCCAUUUACUUGGCUGAGGUGAGCACUGGAGAACACUCUGGCAACCCUUCAUCGCCAGCCUUCUUCCACCUUUGCAGUUUGAAGUGAACAGGAAAGGGAGAUCCAUCUAGGAAUCAGCACAACAGAAUAGGCAUGGCAUGGUGGGAAAUUACAGCUUUGAAAUAAUUGCUCAGCUCUCAUAAAUUCCAAUUAAUCUAAUUCUUGUUCAUCUACAAUGGGAGGCUUGAUUCUCUAUAUCAACACUGGUGGCCUAAUUCCUGCCAACUACUGAGGAGAUUCAGCGCAGAGAGCCCAGUUUGAGUCCAAUGGUUUGUUUGGUACAAUUUGUGAUUCUUGAGGAGAACAAAUCCUUUCAUAGAGUUCCCCCACAAUGAUCUUUAAAGUUGAGGAGUGCAAAGCAUCAAUUGAGUACUACUGGGCUCCGUUCAUAGUGGAGUUUAAUUCAUUCCAUGCAACAUAUCAUACUGUCCUGAGAUGACUGGUGAACCUUGCUAUCGCAGCUGAACAUGGCAGGAAGUAGGAAGAAGUUGAUGUGUUGGUGUUUGAGAGCUAUGUUUGGUUGAUGCACAAGCGUAACAAGCCUUAGAUCAAUGGUCUGUAAGUUUUCGGUUUUCGAUCCAAGGCAUUCUUCUCCAUCCAAAUUCUUCUGGUUUUGUGAACUUUGCUGCCAUAGCCAAACACAGCAGGAGCUAGUAAAGAGUCAUGCAUUGGUGUUUGGAGCUAUGUCUGGUGGAUGUACGAGCGUAACAAGCUUUAGAUCAAUGUUCUUUAUGAAACACCUAGGAUUGUUCAAGAAUAUAUUGUGACAACUUGUAAAUUGAGAAACGUGGGCAAAUUGGUUAGAAUCAAAUAUUCGUGCUCUUUGUCCCCAACACACAUGUGGCUUUCACCCCUUCCACCCGAGCCAAUUGUUCUAAACUAUGGUCAUGAUGCAAAUCAUGAACUCCCUCUUGCUACUGUUACUAGACCUAGUUUUGAGGAAUUGAAGAGGAAAGAGAGGAAGAUUGGUCAUGGCAGUUGAACUUAGCCAGCGGUAGGAGGUUUAUCAAGGAAAUUGAACUUGCGACACAUGUAGACUUUUACAACUUGCACUCAUUUGUUUCUUUUGGGACAUACAACAUGGGAAGUGAAGCAGAAAGAAAAAGCUUUAGCAAGAGGGUUGGUUCUAUGCUUUUUCUAGAAUGACAUAGCUGCUACUGUAACUUGCAUCAAAGGGGAAGGAUGGAAGCGAGGUGGUAAUGAGAACUGCGUCAAUUAGUCUUAUCCAAUCCAAGAAGCAUUAUCCUGGGGAAUUGGGUAUAGUCUUGCCAUCAUGGAGAUAGUUCGCAACAUCUUACGAGAACUGAAGAUCAACCGUCACAGUUUGAACGUUACACAAUUGUUAGAAGAUUAGAAAGAUGCUCAUAUUUGUUUAUGAUGAACAGAAGGGCAAACUCUUGACAAGGAACAGAGAUCUUAUCUUGAAAAUUUUGCUGAUUGUGUUCAUUGGUGCUUACUUACCGGGACUAUCCAAUACAUGAAAGGAGAUUUUGUAUGCAUAUUUGUUGAAUAGUUGUGAAAAUCUUUAUGAUCUGCACCUCCUUUUUUGGAAAUUAAGAAUGUAAAACCAAGACAUAAUGAAAAUGUCAAAAGUUA